UUGGACGACCGCCAUUAGCUCGUGCAGUAGUUUCGUCGUUAUCAACAGUUGCGUUCUGAUCACACGCCUAAUCGUUUUUUAAACCGGACUUACCGAUAUAUCAACACACCCUCAAAGAUCAUAUUUUAUACGUACUACCAAGACAAUUUUGAGCCUAGACGUGCAUACGUAGCCAUCGCUAUUUGCGUAUAAUCACGCGUCGGCUUCGUCGCCAUUUUGAAUGUGGCGAAGUCGAGAGGCUCCGAGAACAAGAUGCCCCAUUCGUGUUCUUCCUUGACUUGUUCCAACCGUUUUACAGCCGAAGCCAGAGCUCGUGGGAUUAGCUUUCACAGAUUCCCCAAAGACAAAGUCCUUCGAAAAAAAUGGGAAAAAGCUGUCAGAAGAGGAGGAUUCAAUUCCAAUUCGUCCACCAUGCUAUGCAGUGAGCACUUCAGGCCACAGGACUUUGACAGAACAGGUCAGACAGUCCGGCUCCGAGAAGGAACCGUUCCCGUCUGCUGUUUCAGACCUCCUGAUAAUAAGCCUCCCCGGAUGUCUCAGACCUCCCAGAAGGCGAGGGAGCCGCUGCCAACAAAAAAAGAUCCCCCACCCCAGCCUGAGCCCAAAGUUGUAAUCGUGCCCACUGUUGACCACGCCUAUGCUUCGACACCUGAAGAGCUGAGGGUCAAACUCGGUGAAGCCUUGACUAGGGUGGAGAGUUUGGAAAGAGAGAUUCGGAAUGUCAAGGACAGAGAGAGGAGGGCAAGGAACACCGUGAGUUGCCUGCAGGAGGAUCUCGAGGUGAAGAAAAUCCUGAACGACGAAUUGAAAGAGCGGCUCGAUAUGUACUCAGAUCUUCCAGUUCAUCUCCUGUCGAAACACAGCCACGAAUAUACCAAAGAGCAGCGGGAGUUUGCCGCCACUCUGCAUUCCCACGGCCCAAAGGCGUACGACUACCUGAGAGAGUGUCUCCAUAUCAAUCUCCCCCAUCCGCAUACCUUGCAAAAGUGGUUGAGCUCUGGGCAAACCAAACCCGACCUUAACAGGAUGAUGCCGGACACGCCGAGACCGGACGAUGACACGGCUCAAUAUUUAGACUUUUCAGGCGGCCAAGCAGCCGUUCGGGAGAACAUGAAGCUCUCUCAAGUCAACGAGGUUCCAUACGAGCAGUUCAUAAAGGUUUUUGGCAACGUGGUGGAGAAGUGCCCCAUCGUGGCGGCGGCCGUCUGCUCCCAGCGUCCCUUCGCCGACCUCGAGGCCCUGGAGACGGCCAUCUACGACUUUAUUGACGCUUUGUCUGAAUCGGGCAAAGAGGGAAUCCUCAGGUGCCACCCAGACCUCGCCGGCCAGGACCUCCAGGCCGGCACCUUGACCCAAGAGUCCAUGAGCGAGCAGGCGACCGUGGGCUUCGACGCGCUGGGCGCAGACGAGGCCGACAGCAUGUCUUGCUUGAACGAAGAGUACAAAGAGCGCUUCGGCUUCCCGUUCGUCAUCUGCACCCGCAUGAGGGACAAGGCCAGUAUUUUCCAGGAGAUGCGCAGUCGCAUUGCAAACGGGUGCACAGAGGAGAGAGAGCGCAGCAUCCAGGAGGUCAAGAACAUAUGUUCUCUGCGUCUUCGGGACCUUGUCCACGCUGACGCCACAGCCCAGUUUUAAAUGGCACAUAACAUGUAACCUGAAAUGCUGGUUUUAAUUUGACAUAGUAUUGCAAAAAGUACACGUCGGGGCUGCUUGAUUAUGAAAACAUGUCAAUCAUAAUUAUUUUGGUAAUUGAAAUUAUGACUAUUCAAACAAUCAUUUAUUUUUUGGUACAACUUUUACGAUUAUGCCAAUUUUGCAACAAACAAACAAAAAAAACCUGAACUGACAUGGAGUGAGUAUUCAUGUA